AUGCACGCCUCAACACUCCUCCUCUCGGCGCUCGCCGCCUUCGCCGUCGCCGCCCCGACCUACCCCCAGCUCAACGUCGACGCCGUCACCCCGGCCGGCCUCGACGCCCUCUCAGACUACUUCAACAAGCUGGCCCAAAAGGUCCAGCAGAGCAAGAGCCUCGCCGAGGCCCCGGCCUGCGACCUGACCAAGGCCGUCCUCCCCCGCCAACCGCCGUCCCCGUCCUCCCUCCCGGACCCGACCAAGGGCCUCGUCCUCAAGCACGUCGCCAUCGGCCGCGGCACGCAGAACUACACCUGCGCCAACGACACCGCCGCGCCGGUCCUCGCCGGCGCCGUGGCCGCCCUCUACAACGCCUCGUGCCUCGCCGCCGCCCAGCCCGAGCUCAUGGGUCCCCUGGCCCAGGCGUCCCUCGCCGCCGGCCUCGCCCUGCGGCCCGGCGAGACCCCGCUGACGGUCACGGCGCGCCUCGCGCCCUCGCAGCUCGUCGUGUCGGGCCGCCACUUCUUCCGCGACCCCACGACGCCCUUCUUCGACCUCGACGCCCAGCCGGCGGACCAGAUCGGCACGGCGCCCACGGCCAAGAACAACACCGAGCCGGCGCCCGCGGGGGCCCCGCGCGGCCAGAAGGGCGAGGCCGCCGUGCCCUGGCUCAAGCUGCUCGCCAAGGAGGGCGCCACGGGCGACCUGCGCGAGGUCUACCGCGUCGAGACGGUGGGCGGCAGCGCGCCCCCUUCCUGCAAGGACAUGCCCGCCAGCUUCGAGGUGCAGUAUGCCGCGCAGUACUGGUUCUACGAGGGCAAGCCCCAAGAGCAGCAGCAGUCAUGA